AUGGCGGAAACAGCAAUCCAUUCACAACAUCAACAACAAGUAUAUCCACCUUUAAUAAGUUCACCAUCAAUCCAAACUUCUCGUUUACAACAACAACAUAUUUACUCUAUUGGUCAGCCAGUUGUUGGUGAUGUUGGAAAUAUUGGUGGGGGAACAGCGACAACAGCAAUACCUUUAGAUUUGGCUAUUCAACAAAAUAUGACUGUUCAAGAGCUUAUUCAGACAUUAAAAGUCCAAGGAGGAAAUAGAAAUACAAACACACAAAUUAUUCUUCAAACAAAUGCGAAUAUUCCUUCAACUCUAACGCCAACUUCUACAAUUUUAACGACAACAGAUCGCAAUCCUAUUCAAAAUCAACAAGAAACUCCUGACAGUAGUAGCCAAGAGGCUAGCAUUCAAGAGGUUUUUUUUGAAUUUUUUAAGUUGAAAAGGAGUACAUUACCCAUUCGAAUUUUAUAUUUUUAUUGAUACGUUUGGUAUCUUCUUAUUGAUACCUUCAAGUUAUUAUUGCGGUUUAAGUCUUUUUUUGGUAAUAUGAUUUUGAAAUUUGGCUUUUGAAUCUGUCCAAGUUUGUACGAGCUUCUUGCUGGGUCUAUUAAACAGUUUUGAAAUUUAUU